UAUAAUAACAUAAAUCAUUAACCGGCGAGCACUCAAAUGAUAUUUACAAAUGUGAUCAGCAAAUGUUCUUCUGCCCGCUUUCGCAGUCUAUUUUUGCCAUAGUUUCCCCUGUGAUAUUGCAGUAUCGCUCGCUAUGGAACGUCCACUUGUAACACGAGUAAAAGCUAUCCAAUUGGCAAAUGAAAUAUUUGGUCUUGAAGUUGACUCAAACUCGGAACAAAGUGCUAAAGAACUAGACAGCUAUGAUGAUCGAAAUUUUUACCUAAGUGGUGUGAAAGAUGGCAAGGCAGGUGAAUUUUUACUGAAAGUUUACAACAAAUGUUAUGACGAAAGGGAUCUCGUAGAUGCUGUGCACAAGAUUAUAUUUUGCCUGUUAGACGCUGGGAUCGCUUGCCCUGUGCCACAAAAGACCUUGAGUGGCGAUUAUUUAGAAGUACACAAUUUAUCAUCAACACCAAUUGCAGAUGGAGCAAAAAAGCCAAAACUUGAUGAUAAUUUAUAUCCUUGUAUUGUGUGUUUGUUCACCUUCAUACCUGGCAAGACGAUGAAUGAAUAUAAAAAGCAUGGUCACUCAUUCAAAUACCAGCUCUUCCUUCAACUUGGUCAAGUUGUGGCCAAAGUUUCUAAUGCAUUAAAGGAUUUGAAUUGUCCUGUCUUGACGAAAUUAAAAUUCCGUUGGGAUCUGUAUUACUUUGACACAAUGUUAAGUGGUCUUGAUUUUAUUACAUCAAAACAAAAAGAGUUAGUAAAAGAUGUGCAGAAUUCAUUCAAAAGGUUUGUGAAGCCUCAAUUGGAUGUUCUCCCAAAGCAAUGCAUCCAUGGUGAUAUCAAUGGUGGAAAUAUAAUUAUCAGAGAAAACCCUGAUUCUAAGAAUUUAGAAGUUUCUGGUUUCAUUGAUUUUGGAGAUGUCAAUUACAGUUGCAGAGUUUUUGAAAUUGCUAUAGCCGCUGCAUACAUGAUGAGUGUAGUUACUGUAGGCAUUGCAUCUGCAGAUGACAUAAUCAAAGCUGGUGCAUGCACAGUCUCUGGCUUUCAUAAGAACUGUCCCCUAUCUCAGGAGGAAAGUGAUGUAAUAUUUUAUUGUAUUCAAGCGAGGUUGUGUCAGAGUGGUUGUUUUUCUGCCGAAACAAGCGCAAUGUAUCCUGAUAAUGCUGAGUAUUUGCUAAUAGAAGCAAGAGAAGUUUGGGCUAUCUUGGAAACCCUAGCAAGCAUUAAUAAAAAAACAUUUGAUAAAAUGUGGAGAGAACUUUAAAACUAUAAAUAAAUAUCAAUAUAAAAAAUAUAAAACCAUCGAACGUCUUAGCUUGUAAAGUGAAUGUAC